CUCCCGUACUACAUCGACGGCGACGUCCGCAUCACGCACGCCAACGCCAUCAUGCGCCACCUCGCCCGCACACGACCUCUGCGCGGCGACGAGAAGGAGAGGAUCCGCGUCGACAUGAUCGAGAACCAGGCCAACGACUUCAGGAACACGUUCAUCAGGCUCUGUUAUCUCGACUUUAACAUGCAGAAGCACCGCUACCUCGAAGCUCUUCCUCAAACACUCAAGCAGUUCUCACAGUUCCUCGGGAGUAAUCCUUGGUUCGCCGGGGACAAGAUUACCUUUGUGGACUUCAUCAUGUACGAACUCCUCGACCAACACCUGCAACUGAGCGACAUCUGCCUGAAGGACGUCAAGAACCUCCAGGAGUUUCAGAAGCGCUUCGAAAGUCUCGAACCCAUUCAGCGGUACAUGUCGUCCCCGAGGUUCAUGAGAUCUCCCAUAAACAACAAGAUGGCCAAGUUUGGGACGCAAUAAUUGUUCCUUUUGUAUCUCGUGCGUCUAGUCUGAUAUAUAUUUUUUAUACGAACCCGAAAUGGUCUUUAUUCUGAACUGUUUCGUUUGUUUCAUCUCAUCGCUAUUGUGAGUGUUUUGUUGAUGGUGCUCUUAUAUACAAUGUUAAUGUUUGUUGUUAUGAUUUUUUUUACUGUCUUGUCAUUAUAGUUAUUCUAAUUAUUGGUAUCAACAGCAAAAUCAUUAUUAUUCAUUUAUCUAUUUAUUUAUUCAUUCUUAAAAAAAAUCCUUUACGUUUAUAACCAAGAAAUCUAACAUUGUUUUUGUAUUAACGAAUAAAAAUGUACUGAUUUUGAAA